AUGCAUGCAAUGAAAAGCAUCCUUAGUGUGUGUGUAUGUAUACGGAUAGCGGUGACUUUGUCCUCGGGUGAGGUCGCCCAAAGCCUCCCUGGCUGCAGGUUCAGUCAUUGCUCCCUCAGCUUCCUGCACCUCUCCUCCUUUCUGAAUUUCUUCUGAGAGAAGCUAAAUGCCUUCAUGGCUCCGUUGCCGUGGCUGCCUUCGAAGGAGCCGCCCUUGGGGUGCCCCUGGAUCUCCCCAUCUCCCUCCUUGGUGCCUGCGACUGCAUGGGGAGAGCAAAAAUGGGCUGGAAAGUGAGUAGAAAGCAUGGGAGCCACUGGCCGGCGUUGCUGUGGUACAUCUUGAUGUUCUCGUGCCAGUAGUGAGAUAAGAGACCUCUUCACUCCUGCACUGAGGGGCUGGGAGGGGAGUGCUUGCAACCUUGCUUUCAGCAGAACUUGAAACACCUCCCUCCUUCCUAGAGCGUUCCAGAAAUCCUGAAGGAGUUUAUUCCAGGCAGCUUGCUGGGCUUCACGGGGAUGAAACUGCUGCUGGUGGUAAUUCAGUAUUAGCUUUAAGACAAGGAAAUGACUCCUGGGGUGACAGAGCAUCGCGGAGAAGGGUGUUGGGCUCCUUCUGGGCUUGGCAGGGUCAGAAGAAAAGCUGUGAUGCGUUGGCCGAGGGGCACGGGAAGCAUCGCGGCUUUCCUGCCAUGCAAUCCGGGCUGUGCUCGGCUCCGCUUUGCCUCCACACUUUGUCCUUUAGAAAAACCUUUCUUUUAAAGGCUUAACCCCAGGAUCAUCUAUUUCCCUGUCUGAGAAGGAAGAAAAGGGUUUUCCAACAGGCUGUGAACCUGUGGCUGCCGGUACCGGACCUGUGAGCGUCCAGUGCCUGAAACCAGAUGUGAUUCCUGGUGCUUGCCUUCCAGAGGGAAUACACGAAGGAAUAUCGGGCCAAUUACAAUUCUCUCUUGUCCCCUGGGACUUCAGCCCCUGUCCCUCUCCGAAGGGAGGUGUAAGGUGUUAUUCUGCAGAGAAAAACCCCUUUUGGUUGUUAACACGCAGCCCAAAUCCAACCCAGCGGUCCCAGUGCUGGAGUUUGGGAGGUUUAUUCCCCGUUUCUCCCACACGUCUUCCUGACAGCUCAUCGCUGCUGUGAUAAAAAACCGAUUUAAGGGUUACAAAACCCAGAGAUAAAGCUGCUCUUAAUGGAUUUCUUUAAGAUCAAGGCUGUCAAAUACCAGGCUCAAAAUCUUUUCUCCGAGAGCAACUAUAUUAAGUGCACUCAAUCAAAACCGGGCUGAAGGUUCCAUAAGUGAAACAAUGGCUGGAGGAAAUGCGUUUUAUUAGCAUCUCCAGCAGAAAGGACGGCUGGCAGAGGAGAUGAAAAGCCUCCGAGCUGCGCCUGCCGCAUUCCCGUUCAGCCGGGAUGGAUGAGAUGUGAAGGGCAUUUUCAAACCAUGUCCUUGCUGUCCGAUCGGGUUCUGUUGGGAAGAGGCUGACGGGAGCCGUCCCUUUGGGCUCCGAGGUGGAACAUCACAAACCGUUGGCCUUUGCCCGGAGGGAGGCGGCUCCUCUGGGGCAGCGGCUGGACCGCGGCGAGGGGAUGCUUGGCUGGGGAUGCCGCGCACAAAUGCGCCUCAAAAUCCACCGUGAGCAAUGCCGGCUGCUUCCCUGCAACCACGUUUAAAGUCAAGUGAGGCUUCUUGAGUUUGCUUCGCUCCAAGGUACGUUGAGGUCUUUGUUGGGACUUUCUGCAGCCACCGGGGAAGGAGACAGGGGCUCUUCCCAUGGGCUGUUGGGGACAGGUGAAAUAAUAAUAAUAAUGCACAGCUACAGAAUGAGAAAUCUGUAGCAUUUAUGAGCUGCCAGUUGCUUUUAAAAUAAUUUCCCUUCUUUCUGCCCCAAUGACAUUUGGUGAAGAGUUGAGGCUUUGUGUUUAUUUACCAAUUACUUUAUUGUGCAGAGGUGGGUGGCAGCGUCCACCUGUGCAAAGGUCAAUGGCAUCGAGCGUUUAGCUGUUAUUUCCAAACACCAUUAAGAGUUUUAAAGGAACUGUGAGUGCUGCAGGCAGGGAAAAUACCCGGCGAGACUGCUCUGCGUCCCGCAGCAGCUCCCUACGGCUGGCGAUGUUCAUGGGAGCGAGAACGGGUUGUCUGGCUCAGCAGUGGGAGUCCAGCAGGGAGGAAUUCGCACUCGGAAAGCACUUGAUUUUUCAGGACAGACCGAGCCGAGCGCUGACAGCCGUUCAUCACCUCCCAGCCCAGAUUAACAUUUGAUUCGCACCCUGCUUUCCUCCGCCUCACCACCCCUCUUGCUCAUCCGGGAGAUGCUCGAUAGAGAUGCCCCAGGACAUUGCCUCCUGCGAUAAGACCCCUUCAUUAGCGGCUGUAAAUCUCUUUGGCCACUGGCUGGUGCGAGCGGAGGGUGGAUUCUGCUAGGAGGCACGGCUUAUCAAAUGUCACACAGAUCUUAUCUCGGGGGAAACAUACUUCAAUAAUUAAAUUAAAUGAAAAGUCCUGGAAUUAAAAGCCUUGGAGGCUACAGCCUUCUGUUUAUCUCCAGAAUAGGCGUGCAAUGGGCAAUGGGAAUGGGAGAUGCUAGCUUUUCUGCGCCCCUCUAUUUGACGUCUCGCUGCCAUGCUUUGUGUUUUCUCCCUAAAGAAAGGUGUGUGGUGGUGGAGUUUCUUUCUAGAGAAAGACCAACCCCGUACAGGUCACCUGUGGGGCUGUUACAGCAUAUCCGGGAGUGCCAACCCUGGAGGAACCAGUUGUGGGGCUGCCCUUCCUACCCAGAGUUACGGCACACGUGGUUGUCCACCAGGCACCGGAUGGGCCAGAUUGUACUUUUACAGCUGGAAAUUUCUGCGGCCAAAUCAGCACUUCAAACUAAAGCCUUUGGGUUUCCAUGGAGAUCAGAGUGAUGCUCUUGGAGUUGGUGGAAAGGCAUCACCUAGGGAUGGCUUGGGGGUCCUUGAGCACCUGGUGACUUCGCCGCUGGUGGACGUGGUGGCUUUGGUCCUGGUGCUGCCACAGCUCCUCUGCUUUGCCUGCAGCGUGCUGGGCUUGGUGCCCAUCUCCACCAGGAGCCGCGUACGAGCAGGAAGCUAUAGGUUUUCUUCUCGCUGCCGAUGCCCCUUCGUGCUGCACAGCUCCUUCGUGCACGUGUGCCCGGAACAAGGCUUUGGGGAAGUUCUUCUUGCGCUUCAAAGCUCAGCCAACAGAAGGGCUCAUCCUAUCUUCAGGGAAAGGCUGUUUUGUUCCAAACUGCAGCAAAGAAUGAUGGAAUCCAUUACAUCCAAUGCUCUGCAAACGUCUGUGGCACAGCUCCUGCGAGCUCGUAUUUCCUCCUCAAGACUGGAAACUUUGAGGCUGAUGGCUUCUCUGGAACCUUUAAUCUUCCGAAGCGCCGCAUCAGUCAGAGAAGAGAGGUUUGGUAAGUUCUGCCUCUGUUCUGAUAUCCUCCAGGCUCCGGUCUCUGUCCGUCACUGCUUCUUUUCCUCUUCCAGAGGGCACAGUGUGCUCACUCCGCAUCGGUUCCCUUUGCAUCCAUCGACUUCUCCCUGCCUGCCCGGGAUGGUUAACAAUCGCAGCGGGACACGUUUUACUCCUUGUGCUCUCUUGUCAGGAGCAGAUACAGUUUGAUUGCUCGCGGUAAUUGUGCUGAUGACUGUCCCGGUGGCACUGACCUCAUUUCCAGCCAGGCCAGGAUGCAGAGAAGCAUCUCUUAAAAAGAUGCAGUGAGAGUUUUAUUUCCUCUUAUAAAGAAUAGUGUCACGGUGAGGCUGAUUUCCUCCUCCCCAUCCCACCGUGCUCCCACUCCAAACCAGUUGUCCAAACCCCGAGCCCCGGCAGAAGGAAGGAAGGAUGCGGGAGGUUUGGCAGGGGAGCAGGGUGUGGAUUGGGGUGGGGGCUGCUCUGGCGUAGCUGUUAAUUUGAAGGCAGCGCUGCACAGAUGGGAGAGGAGCAGCCAAGCUGCCACCGAGCACCAUUUGAAGCUCCCUGAGCAUUUUGCACGCUAAGAAAAAAAAACCAUGAAACCCUGCUGGCAGCUAAUAGAGUAUUUGUUAAAAAUAUCCCUCUUUCCCAAUGGGCACAAUUUAAUGUUCUUUCUCUUUUCUUCUCCCUUCCCCUGCUGAUGACGUUCCUGCAUUUGUUACCCUCUGGAGUCCUUGUUUUAGUUGCCGUGGUUAAACCUACGGUUGGUGACGGCGAAGCCCUGGCUGCUCCUCGCCGAGGGUCCCUCUGGCUAAGAGGGAUGCGGGGCACUUGGUGCCAUACUGGCACGUGGCGAUGCCCGGCACAGAUCCUGCCCCCUCGUUCAGGGCUGUGUCCUGGACCCCGACACCAGCACCGGCAGGUGGGAAAACCCCACUACUGACCCAUGUUAGGUUACAAACCUCAGUCUGGGAGCGGAAUAUCCUCCCUGGAGCCUACAAGGUGACUUAGGAUUUAAAGCUCAGCCUUCCGUGGCAGGUGCUGGUGUCUCACAGUGAGUCCGACGCCGCGUGGGUUGCAGAGGGUUUGUUUGCAAAGCAAACCCUGGUGAGGGAGCAGAGGUGGCAGCUCUUUGAAUUGACUCCUCUGGCUUUGCUGCAGGAUUCCCGAAGGUGGGAUGGGAAAGGCUUAAAUGAGAGAAAUGGCUUGUUUGGGGAAGUUACAGCCCAAAUUGAAGGCAUCUGCGAUGCCGCACAGUUUCUGCCGUCCGGUCCAUCCCUGAGCUGUCCCUCGUGAGAAAUCAUCUCACUGUGCUCGUGUCACCACCUCCUCCUGCUGAGGGGUUCACUGGGGACCGGGCAGAGCAUCACUGCGACGUCACCUGGGCACGGGCUUCCAUGGCUGAAAGCUGCCCAACCUGUCAACGCAGAGCAAAUAUUAUCCAAAAAAAAAAGCUAAACCAAACACAGCAACUUUCCUGGAAGUUUUAUUUUUAGCUGCCUCCAGCACGAAAAACCAAUUAAAGACAUAAAACCCCACCUCCAGACUGCAAAGCGUUGGAAGCCAAAUGUCACUGCCGCUUUGAUCCCCUCCAGAGGAAACUGUGGUGCUAUCAGUUUAGAAGCGUUACAUUUGCAUAUUCAUGUCCCCUAAUUUGCUCUUUGGAGGCUGAAAACUAAUAACUAAUGAAGAAGGUCUUCCUGUGCGUGCAGAGGAAACCCUGAUUAUGUCACAGAUGCAUUAAGGAAAAUAAUCAGACCUAAAUAAGCAUCCGUCCCAAAGAUACCUUUGCAAAGACAAAAAUCCCUUCUGUGCGUGUCCAGAGGACCAACCUACGGCCACAGGAUGGGCUGGAGGUGGCCACGAGUGGUGGUGGUGGUAGUGGCCACUGUGUCCUGGAUGCCACUGAGUCCCCAGGACCAGGGGGAUAAGUUUGGGGGAUGCUCAGGGGAGAUGCUUGGAGCAUGGAUGCUUUGGGGGGGUGUUGAGAGAGGAUGCUAAGAGGGAUAUUGAGGGGGCUGAAGACCUGCACAGCGAUGAGAAGGACUUAGCCAUGUGAUGGGAAGAGUCUGCUGUUAGGAAGGCGGGCACGGAUGCAGUGAGCACCCAGGGAUUUGCCGUUACCAGCUGGAGCUGCGGCAGGAGCUGAAGGGCUAUUGAUGGGGGGGUUGGACAACCAGCGGACUUCAACGGCAACGUUGCCAAGUGAUGAAUCCCUUCUGCUCACCCUUAAUUAAAUUUCUUUUAGCAACACAAUAGAUCAGUUUUAUGCCUGUCAUUUAUCAAGAACUAAAGUUAUUGGCAGCGUUGUUGGCAGCGGUAUUGAUCGUGAGGCAGAAGUAAGGAUUGCUCGCAUCCCACUGCACGCCCGGUCCUCAUCCCUGAAAAUGGAAGUGCACAGAAACCGCCGGAGCACGAAUCCGCUGGAACUGAUGGGACUUGCAGGGAUGCAGUGAGGGCGCUGCGUUUAAGGGAGAUUUCCCGUGGGUGUGAAAGUUCAACCCUAUCUGAGGGGACUGUGCUCAGACUGCUCUCAGCACAUCCCUGCAGGAGCAUCGGCUCCUCGCUGCUGCUGCCCUCGGAGCACAGCUCACAGCAUCCUCGAGAUGAGGUGAAGGCGCGCUGGGCAUGAGCCACGCGUUCCCAUUUAUUCCUUGCGGUGUCUGGAGCGCGCUUUCUAUCGGAUCUGUCAAGGGCUGUAAUUACAGAUAUUGUCGUCGGGAGCAAAUAAAGAUUAAGUUGUCAAAAAGAUCAAGAAGCCAGGUUUAAGGCUGCUGCCUGAGGUAGGAGCCGUCUGGUGAUAAGAACUGCCCGAUCGCCGGCUGCUGCACCCUACUUAAUGGAGAGGAUGAGCUCCUGGAGGGAGAACGUGCCUCUGGUUUGGCCAGAGCCAGAGUGGUUGGGAAAAAGCAAACCCAAGAGUGGUUCUCUGCCCAUCCCGAGGGUGAGGAUCUGCUCCGCGGCCACAUCCCUGCUAUCGGUCCACAGCAGGUGGGAUUCUGCCUGCCGUGCCCAGACAUUGGGCAUUUUUUUCCUCCUUCUUGCACUGACUUUCAGCCUUGUGAACUCAAGCAUCCCUUCCGCCCAUCGGCGUGAGGGCAGCCCAGAGCCUCUGCCCUGAGCAUCCUCCUCCUGUGAGCAUCUCCUGUGCGCUCGCCACCCUCUUGUGUUUGCCAUCCCAGGGAUGGCUCUUAACUAGGAAAACACUUCCCAGCACCUCAAUGUGUCGGAAGGCUCUUCAGCUUCCAGUGCUUUAACUCCCGGUGGCUUAAUCAUUACUAAUUCCUUUGGCAAUUAUCAUAAUAACAAUAAUCACAGAGAGCUUGCUUGGCUGUAAUGCAAGCAUAUGCUGUGCUGCUCCAUGCAAAUUCCACUUGGGAUGCGUGGUGGCUAACGAGACCCAUCCGUAUGGCUGGGAAGCUCCUGUCGGAUGGCGAGUGCCAGGCUGGUGGGCACCGGCGGUGCCGGGAGCCCGUUAGCUGUGUAACGUUCGUUUCAUGCUCCGCAAGCAUUUGCCCUAUUUAAAUUGCAAAUAUUAGUUACGCUGUCAGGCUUCAAGGGUGGCUGUGCCUUAUCCAUCCCAGCGUGAGCCGAGUUAAGAUGCAGAGCUGGAUUUCAGGAAGAGAAGUCACAUUUUAUUGAAAAGAAAAAAAAAGAAAGAAGACGACUGUGUAUUAAUGAAAUUGCUGGAGUUGGAAUUGAUUAUUUUUCAUUUUUGAGUGGUUUAUCAGGGAAAUAACUUUAAUUUCUUAAUCGACAGAGGCAGGAGUGCCAUCAUUUCAUUUUCACCUCAUGGAGUGCAUCUCUGCUGUCAGGGAUGCCGUUGCCUUUAAGCCACGGCUGAGGAUGUGGGGUUAGAGAGGAGCUGAGUGAAGCUGUGACCCCAGAACCCCUCACUUUGCUGUGGGACCUGCUGGAGGGAAAUUCCUGCCCUGGCUGAGGCUCAGAUUUCACUGAAAGUCAGCAAUUUCAGCCCAAGAUGUGGGACUCGGGCUGAACGGUAACGGCAGAGCCAAGUUCACCCACUGCCUUAUCCAUCCGAACAUCAACUCUUCUUAAGAAAAUAAUAAAGCAAAAUAAAGAAAUAAAUCAAUCUUCUGCUUUCUUUCCUUCCAGUUA